UCUCGGAGAUCUAUUUUCUCACUUGGGCCCCCUUUUUAUCCAAGGGGAACAGUCACCUGGACAGCACCUGCUCGGUCACUACGUGCACAAAAUAAAAAGCCACACAUCCAGAGGAGGAAUGGCUUUUCAUGAUGGUUUAUCUCGCACUCAGAAGAUACUUCUUGCAGUCCUCUGCUUCCCAGUUCUCCCUUUCUAUCUCUGCUACGUAUGUUUUACAAAGAGUGAGGAAGACAAGAAAAAAUCAAAUUCUGCUCAAGCAGAAGAAGGGAGGAUUCAAGAAACAACAGACAGGCAGCCCAGGUUUACAGGGCAGGCUGCUGAAACACAGAAUGAUGGACAACUGCCAGUUGUUACCUUUCAGCCUGAUCAAAAUUGUGUCAGUGUUGAAGUACAUCCUAGGCACCCCACGCCACAUAUACGGAAGAAGUUCUCUAUCAGAAAAGGACUCCAGGUAUUUCCUGAUCAGACGGGGCAGAUUAAUAAAGGUUUUCAAGUUGAUGGGGAGCAAGAAUCAACACUUUCUGGGAAACAAGACCUAUAUGCAUAUCCAUGGGAUAAAUCCAGUCUGAAAUCAAUGACAGUAAACCUGGAACAGUUUAAGAGUGUGGAUGCUCAUGCAUCAAAGGUGAAUGUCAGAAACAGUGUGGAAAAUCUGGUGAAUGCCUUGCUCCAAAAAGCCCACACUGAUCUGGAGAAAGUCAGAUCAAUAUGGAUAUGGAUUUGCCAUCAUAUAGAGUAUGACGUAGAAGGGUUCCAUAAUAAAACCAAGAGGUCUUGUGCACCAGCAGAGGUCCUUCAAUCAAGAAAGAGUGUUUGUGCUGGAUAUGCUGCGCUCUUUGAACAAAUGUGCAGUAUUGCAGGGAUACAAUGCAAAAACUUGUCAGGCUUCUCCAAAGGGUAUGGGUACAGACCAGGAAAAGUACUUAAAGGGGAAAGUAAUCAUGCCUGGAAUUCUGUUUACCUUGAUGGAAGAUGGCAUCUUCUGGAUAGCACCUGGGGAAGUGGCAGUGUGGAUGACUCUUGUACCAAGUUCACUUUCAGUUACAAUGAAUUUUACUUCCUUACCCAUCCUGCUCUAUUUAUUAAUGAUCACUUCCCGGAAGACCAUGAGUGGCAGCUUCUGAAACAGCCCCUGGCAUUGCAGCAGUUUGAACAUAAUGCAUGCUACAGCCCUAAAUUUUAUUCCAUAGGGCUGGUUGAAACCUCUUCAAAAACAGCAAUAAUUGAAACAGAAAAUGGCAAAGCAGCAGUUUUCAUCGAGAGCCGUGUUCCAGCUCUCUUCCUGGUUACACUUAAUGGGGAUAAGGAGCACUCUUUGAUGACCUUGCAAAAGAAUGGGGUUUUACUGGAAGUGUAUCCUCAGCAGAUGGGGACUCAUAGUUUGGAAAUCUUUGCCAAACCUUUCAAAGAUAAGGAGAAAGACUACAGCAAUGUGUUAAAAUACUCUUUGAAGUGUUCCUCUGUAGACAAAAGCAUUUCUUUGCCCAAAGCUCUUAUCCAGCCAGUGGGACCCAGCUGGCAUUCAGAGGAGAAAGGCAUCUUGGAGGCCUUGCCCAUUAGCCCAAUUAUCCACAGUGAUGAUGGCCGCUGUGUUGUCACUUUCACCCGGAGGAAAGAUCUGGAUGUCUUUGCUACUCUGGAUUCAGAUUCCAGCACGGUGUCAGAAGAUACAAGGAGGCGUCACAUUUGGAAAACCUGCCAAGGAAGCCAGGUGGAGUUAAAGAUUCAUCUUCCCCACGCAGGGGACUUUGCUCUACACAUCUGGGCAAAGAAGACAUCUGAUCCAGGGAGCCAUCAUUGUGCCCUCAGCUACCUCCUGUCUUGUCCAAACAAGAGUGUGAAGUGGCCGGUUUUUCCAAAGGCAUAUCAGAACUGGGAAGAAGGCUAUGAGCUGGUGUCACCUCUGGCUGGUAUAUUGCCAGCCAACCGCCAGGUUCAGUUUAAGCUCAAGCUGCCCGGUAUAGAUGAGGCAUCUGUUGAGUCUGGGAAGACUCACCCACUGACUCACAGGGGGGAUGAUUUUUGGGAAGGAGACUGUCACAUUUCAGGCGGCUCCAAGGUUACAGUCAUGGUAUCCCUAAAUGCUAAUGAUAACACCUUUUGGUCUCUGUUGGAGUACAAAGUGGAAAGUCACUAAUGUAGAUGAAAACAACCAGUGCAACCCGAUCCUGGAAUGGGAGCUGUUACUCAGCUCCCAUGCAGUGUGCAUGUUUUGAUUUAUUUGGUG